GUCGACCUCGAGAGGCCAGAUGCCGGCAAGACUGCCUCUCGAGGGACCAGCGACCACGCGCGGCUCGGCGUGUUCCUUGCGACCCUGGCCGCGGCCUUCCUGAGCUGCCUCAUGAGGCCGGAGCGCCGGGAGGCCAGAGCAGAGGUCUGGCCCUCCGCACGGGCACUGCCGCUGCCCGUGGCUAGCGGCCAGGGUAGGCCUCGACCGUUCGCGGACUUCGUACUCGACGCGCUGGUCGGGGCCCGGCUGUCGAGGGCGAUGCCGCCGAGGGCGCGUAGGUACGCGAAGUGCUUGAUGGAGCGCUGCCAACCACGGCUACCUAGCAACAAGGACCCAGUGGAGCUACGAGCCACGUUCGCGCAGCCCUGCAACCGGGAACUCGCGAGCGCUACGCUCAGCGAGUGCGAAGAAUUCUUCGCCGCCGCGCGCGCCCUCGCAGCUGCCGCCGCGCGCUGCGGCUCACGGACCAGCGUGCCCGACGCUGCGCUCGAGGCAGCGCCUCGGGGGCCGAUGGCGCGGGCCCAGCCGGACUGUUGGGCCCUGACGGGCGUCGUCUCGCUCGUCGGCAGGGUGUUCGCCGUCGCGGGGCACUCGGCCUCGCUCCUCGUGCCGCCGCCGCCCUCCUGGGGGCGCGAGCCCCCGCGGCUCUCGCUGCUCUCCAUCCGCCUGCUCGGCCUCAACAGCAGCCGCUCGCGCGCGGGCCGGAAGGCUGGCCAGGGGGAGACCGACUUGAAUUUGGAGGCGAUCGGGGAAGCCGGCCUGCCCCCCGAGCGGCGCGAGGGCGAGCCCCGGCCGCCCGCGGGCAGCCGGCCCUGGCCUGGGGAGGGGCCCGCGCCCCACUGGGCCCACUCGCUGCUGCCGUGCUGCUCCGAGGCCCUCGCAGCGAAUCCCAUGCGCCGCGAGACCGAGAAGCGCUAUCCCCGCUUACUCCAGGCCCGCGGCGCUGCCAACCUCAUCUCGGAGGCGGAGGUGGCGUUUGCGUCCACGCGUUCGCGCCCCAGACUAGGUCGCAUCUGCUGCAGCCAGCGCGCGGCCGUGCAGCUUGGCCGCGACAUCCAGAUUAUUUCAUUGGAGUGGAAGCCCCAGGUCUCCGACCACAGGUCGGUGCUGUUCUCGCGCCGAUUGUCGCAGCUACCCCCGACGGCGGUUGACCCCGAGGGCCGCCUUGGUGUAACCGUGAGAUUCUCGAGGGCGGCGGAAGCUGGGGCGAUGGGCUGCAGUUCCCGGCGCCUGGAGCGCCGCCCGCGCCUUCGUCCGCUGCCGCCGAUUCCGCCCGACGUCAAGUGCACGGCCGCGCGCGGCCCCCAGCCCGUGAGGGACUUGGCGGUAAAGUUGGCGAGGGGGCAUGGUCUGGGCGAGGCGGGGCGCGCCCGUCGGGGCUCCAGGCCAGGGGCAGCGCGCUCUCUUGUCGCAGGAAGCAGCGCGCGCAGCGCCUUCUCUCUCGUCUUCUCCCUGGGCAGCCUACAGGCGCUCGCGCUGUCCAGGAUCACCUCGCAGAGCCUGCGGACAUUGCCCCGGGCCUGGGCCGGCACUGGGGGGGGCGCCUCCAAGGCGCAGGGUGCGAACAGCGAUUUAUUUCGGGAAUGGCUCGCGGAGGGCACCGAGCACCUCGAGACGCAUGGCCCCGCUCAUGCUGGCUUGGCCGACCUGCGACUCGCGCGGGGGCUCGCGCGGCGCGCCAUCCGUUGCUCGAACAUCUCCGCGCCGGGACCAGGCGGCAUCCCUUAUGCCGCACGGAGCGCUCUGGCAGACCUCGCGGUGGAUGCUCUUUUCGACGCCGCGAGUCUUGACAAUGCUGCGAGCGUCACGGCUGUGCAGGAGGAGCCCAAGGCAAAGAUUCUGCAGACGGAGUUUCACAUUUCGAUGUUGGUGAAGGUUGGCUCCAUUUACCGGGACGUCAGUUUGGAGUUCCCCUGCCCGUUGCAGGUCAUGGACAGAGCCACGGGCGAGACCUACGUUCAUUGCCUCGGCUGGCAGGGCAGGAAAGGCUUGGACGACAUCUCUACCAGAUCCAUGCGGCGCGAUCGGCACGUGAUGAGCGAUUCUGACAGUGCUGUGCUGCGGGGCGAGCGGUGCCUCGCUACUAAGCGCCCUGACGUUGGCGUGGCGCAGGGCUUCUGCAGGCUGCAUCGCAUUUCGGCGAUUGCCUCCAGCGGGAUCGACAAGUUUAUGAAGGACGAUGUCAGUGGAAUUAUCAACAUAGCCUUAUCGUUGAAGGCUUCGGGGGCCAUGCGAGUAUUUCGCCGCGCUCUCAGGGCAGUCAUUCGUGCGCGACUUGUCGUGCUCAGGGGUUCGCCUGGUUAUGUUGCAGAUCGUCGCAGGGCUAAGCUGCUCGACGUCUUCUGUCCGAUCCACCCUGGCAACCGCCCCUCUUUCAUCGAUAGGGCCAUCGUGCAGCUCUGCGCCAAUGGUAAUUGGGACAACAAACAGAGAUUCGAAGUCUAUGUCACAGGUGAAUACGACUACGAGGAGGUGGUUCAUUACGUUUGCGUUCAUUUCGUGAAAGUGGUGGCUGGACGUUGCUUCCGACCAUACCCGAGGUCGCGAUGGACAGGCGCAAGGGGUGCGCUGGAGAGGCUCGGGCUGUUGAUGAAUAUCCAUGGGUUGUUCCAGGAGGCAUACGUGGUGUUCUGCAAGAGUUACAACGUGCGCGUUCCGCAGGAGCACCAGGGGCAGAUGCUUCCGAUCGUUGACGAUGUUGACCAGACAGCCCAGAACUCCGAAGGGCAUCUCCCCGUGGACCACAAGAGCGAUGCCAAUGCCCAGUUCAUCAAGCAGAGGAAGCAGUACAUGAAGGUCGGGCUUGAAUUCAGUGUCUGCGUUUCGGCGCCAGCGAAGUUGGUCGUCAUGACGAUGGUUGUUGAGCCGCAGCAGGCUCUCAUGCAAUCUGCCAUCGACUUGGCGGGCAAGGCGUGGGAGAGGAAGCAGAACGCUCGCCACGCGUAUGCAGUGCAGCAGGGCUUGGACGCAAAAUCGAGGCGGUUCAGAGUGCAGGAGGCGCACGGCGUCGCUCAGGAAACGAAGUACAAGGAUGAGGUGACCGACUUUCUGAAUUUCCCCAAUCGCACGUACCGGCUUGCCUUCGAUAGCAUUCGAGAUAACGACAUGUCCUACAUGGGUCGGAUGCUGGGCAUGUGCCCGAGGUGCCGUUUCGACCCCUGGACGUUGAAGCUCGUUGAGCACUACGGCGAUGACAUCUGCACCGAGCGCGCCGUCAUCGACGUUGUCACCAGGGCAAUGCACGAGGAAGUUGACAAUGCGAGAAGGGAGGCUACUCAUGCGAGCAUCCGUCGGGACGUGAUCAAGGCGUCAUGCCAAUCGCCAACGAUAGAGCUCGGUUUGGCCAGCGGCCGCUUCGUGGACAGGAAGGGCAAGCAGAUCUGCGACUGCAAAUCCCUGGAGGCCCGCGGCGAUGACCAGACUGGGGAGGCUAGCGGCACCGAGGAGCCAGCGCCGAAAAGGUCCAGGGGGCCAUGUGGAGGCGCAUGCAGGGCGUGGCUGAGCGAGCAGCUCCGAGGCGUGCCCAGAGCGGAGCAGGACCUCAAGGGCAUCCACGACGCGUACAAGCAGCAGACGCCAGAGGAGAGGCUUAAAUACACUAAGGAUGGAGCUGCAGCCACGCAAGCUGGUCGAGAAGGAGUUGCAAAACCAUUCGGCCCCGAUGCUCAGGAUGUUCAGAGGGCCUUGCAUCGCGAUGCGCGCCGCGAAGAACUGCGGGUGAUGAAGGAAUGCGUUGCCGACCGCAUGAGGGCGCAAGUACAUGACGAACAGCAGCCGCCGCAUUUGUCAUAUUCGAGCUUGGCUGUGCUGCCCACUGGUGCUAAUACAUUCGCCUGCAUUGCAGACGGCGUCGCACAGGCCCGCAGGACCAGGCACAUCGCAGACAAGAAGCGCGCGCUGGAACAGAAGCUUUACGACGAGGCCUUGGCGGCGCAUACAGGGCAAUCUGAUGUUUCGGCCGAGACAUUGGAAGUUGUUUCUGGCGUCUGCAUGUCGGGUUUGCCACUCACUACGGCAUGGGAGCACCGACCCCCUUUAACUUCGACGGUCAAGUCAGCUUGCUGGAUGCCUCGGUCAGCCAGAGAUUUGGCCAAGCUCGUGGCGAGCCUAGACUCGUCGUCCAAUCCCGCUUGCAGGCGCAUUGCUUCGGUCCUGGACUCGGAUUGGGAGACGCGCCACCUCGUCGUCCAGCAUGACAAGUGCGAACAGUUCGGCAAGAUGCCAAAUACACGCUCGACGUGUUGGAUUAUCAACCGCUGCUGCUGCCGCGGGGAUAAACUUCUACUUAAGGCCAUGGUGUCUGGACUGUACGCGUGCCUCAGUCGAGAUUUUCCGACAGGUAAGCCUGCUAGACACGAUCUGCAGCAAGGUUGGUUUGUCGCGUGCAUCGUCAGUCGGGCGCCUGAGCCAUUGGCGGAGGAAGAGGCGGAGGAUCACGUCACUCAAACAUGGUGGUUGCACAUUUCGUUUCAGAGCCUGAGCCCUUUAUUUGCAGUGUAUACGGGCAUGUGCUCAGACAGUUCCAUCGAGGACGACUUUGUCAAGCUCGAGGCCGAGGAGGCCAUUUGCUGCGACUACGACGUUAUGGAUAACAUAAGGGAUGAAGUUGGAUACGGGGCUGCGUUGCAUCGCCGAUAUUAUCGCCUCAUCGCUUCUGAAGCCCUCGUCGGCGCGACCCAGCCGAAGUUCCAGGAGGCGCGCGCUGUCGGGGAGGAGCUGUGCUUUUGGCUUGGGUCGGUGAUUUACAAGAGAUCGGCUGCCUUCCUAAGGUCGCAAGCAGCUGCUCGCGGUGGCGCCCCUGGGCACGGCGGUGACCUGCACGGCGCCGAGGGCGAGGGUGCAGAGGUUGGCAUCGACAACGGGGACGAGCACAAGGACCAUGGAGACCUCGACGUUCACGUCGACGGCAUCCACGGCGAGGGGGGUCUGCAUGUCCCUGCUGAAGUGCACCUCAACAUCGGAUGCGGCGAGAUCGUGUACUACGCGACCACCCAGAGGUUCGUGGCCUACUGCAGGGACUGCGGGCACGCCAAGUGCAGUCGUGAGCGGACGGCGCUUGCAGGGAACCGGGCCGCCACAGGUCGGCCUGUAGGCUUCUUGGCGGCCUGGCUCUUGGACGGCCACAACUGGACGGAUAAGCCUAACCACUGUGGAAUGUGCAUCUCCACCAUGACCUACAGGAUGCGCCAGAACGCGCGCGGCAUUGUCGAGCGCAUGGCACAGAUCGGCGACGUGAAUGGGCAGCCUACGCUCGAGGAGCGCCGCCAGGAGGACCGUCCGCUGGUUCCUCCGCCCAUCGAGGCCGUCCGCGCCACGUUCUACGGGGGCAACCUGUCACCGCGCACCUUCUGCACGCCUGGGAAGUGGGAACAUGGCGAGCUGACGGGGCCAGUGAUCCACAUGGACAUGGGCAUGGCGUCAAGCAGCGCUAGCCCAGCGAGCGGCGCGCAGCCAGCUAUGGCACAACCUGUUGGUGCUCCUUUCCAUUUGCAUGGGUGGGUGGCGUCAGACAUUGACACGGGCGUGCUCGAGGUGCACGGAGCAGCUCGCUUGCGAUCGAUGGGCGUGGAAAUCAAGAAGCUCGACAUCUUCGAAUUACAUCGGGGGGACUGGCUCACCCAGGUGCCGAGCCUCAUCUUCAUGUCCAACCUAUGCCCUCCGACGGGCCGUAGGGACUACUUGCAGUGGCUUUUGAAGAAGUACUUGCAGUGGAACCCGAGCGCAUCAGAGCGCAGGCUGCACUACGAGGUCAUGUGCUUCGAGGCGGUCAUCGCACAAUGUCCAUCUGCGUCUGUUGUGACCAUCAUGCGGUCGAACGAAGCUCGCCGUGGCGGGGGCACUCCCGUCGUCGAGGCCCAGAUGGGGCACGUGCCUGGCUACGUUCCCAAGGAGUGCAACCAUGAUGCGGGAGACGACCUGAGGCCUCUGGGCGGCGGCGGGACCAACAGAGUGCGCAUGAAGCUCCACGGCCCCCUCAGGCCGAACGAUUUCAUCUCGCCAAACGGUGACGGCAGCAUCAACGUAGUUGCGCUGUGUGCUGCAGCCACGGCGAAUCGGAUGAAGGUGCUGUUCCUUGGCGAGUGGGACGGGUCAUUGUCCCUCGGGUGCGCGGUUGGAUGCAUGCACCACCAGACGCUCGAUCGGGAACUGGGCAUCGGAAUGGUCUUUGAUCGGGGCAUCGUGCCAAGGCGUUCGUUGAACAACCAGCGCCCAUCCACAUACAAGGAGUUCUACGAGUACGCGAUGCAGUACCGCGCGGUGCAGAUCGUCGAUGAAGCGACGCGCAUGAAUGCUCCUUGGCCUGAGGACUGGGAGGACAGACUCAAUCCAUACGUCGGCCUCAAUACGGCGUGCAUGUGGCAUUGGGCGCAGGGCUUCCCGUUCGCAGUGCUGGCACUUCCCUCUCGCAGUGCUUGCACUUCCUUGUCGCAGUGCUUUUACUUCCCCUCGCAGUGCUUGCACUUCCCUCUCGCAGUGCUUGCACUUCCCUCUCGCAGUGCUUGCAUCACUUCCCUCUCGCAGCGCUUCCCGUUCGCAGCCCAUUUCACCUCGAAUUCUUUGAGUUCCAUACUUGACAAGUUCUGUAGAGUUCCAUACUUGACGAGGUUCAUGAAGCUGAUGGAGCAGAUCAAGAUCAAAACCAUGGUGAUCAAGACUCUCGGUGCCCGGCUUCGCAGCCUCAAAUGUGCAGCUCGCGGUGGGGUUCACCAUUUGCAGAACGCCAUCACGCGGGAUUCGGACCACGAUAGGCUGAACCAGCAGAUCCUGGAGCGAAUGGAUGACGAGAUGUCCACGGACACGGUGGUGCUGUUUGGGGUCAACGUGUCCGUUGAGCUGUUUGGGGUCUACGUGCCCGUUAGAGUCUACGUGCCGUGCCGUGCCAGGAUACCGGUGGUCACUUACCGUUCGGACGAUUUGCCGUGGAAUUACCAAAAAGAUGUCAUGGUGGAGUACGAGGUGGUACAGAAGCAGAGGUUAGUGAUCCAGCUUCGGUCCAAGCGGGAUCCGCCCGCUGACACAUCGCAGAAGCGGCGCGAUCUGCUCAAGCGCCUGAGGGAUGACAGCCCGAAGCCGACGCCGCCUCAGGAGAAGGGAUCUAUGAAAGUGCGGAGGUGCUCUCCAGUGAGCAAGGCAGAGGAAGGCGAGGAGAUAAACUCGUCGCAAGAGGAUGUUGCCAAGGAGAAGAAGGACGUUACCAAGGAGAAGGAGGUGGCGCUGGAGGCCCCGCCGCGAGCAGUUACCGUGUUGCCAGAGCAGGGUGCGACGCCCACGGUGGUGGAGGGCACGGACGAGAUCACGGAUCGCGUGCUCAAGAAGCGCUUUCUCACGCUGCUCAGGAAGCUCAAGUUCCAGAAGCUCAAGACUUGGCGUCUCUCAGUCAGGAACCGCGUGAUGCGCACCAGGUUGAACGCGAUCUCUAACGCGUCGCAAGUAGCCCUGACAGCAGACGACGUGGCGGCCGAGAAUGACUUGGAGCAUCUAAACAGGAAGCCGAAGUGCGACUUCUGCGGCGAGUGCCAGGACGGCGGCCAGUACUUCGACAAGGACGCCUGCAUGAAGUGCUACCGCCACUGGAAGAACCACCACGGCUACAUCCCGAGGGCAGAUGCCGUGAAGAUGUACCGAGAGGACGACUGCUUCAAGGAGUGCUGGAACAACGGCAUGAAGGCCGAGGCAGACGGGUCCAUCUCGCUCACGGUCGGCGAGGGGGAGGUGACAUCCAACAAGAGGUUCCGCGUCGUGUACCGCAUGUCCUUCCUCCCCCUCAAGCACGGCGAGUUCAAGGCCAAGUUCGGCGUCUCCCCCCACGCGCUCAAAGUGAAACCCACGAGCGUCACUGACCUCGAUGGCAAGGCUCGGAGCGUCUACCUGGUGAGGAACCCAGCGAGGCCAGACGUGGAGAUGGACAUUGAGAGGGUCGAAGAGGUGACCAAGAAAGACAACGUCUGGAAGACCAAGGCGGUGUUCGAGAAUGAGGCUGCGAUGUUCUACGACAACGAGACGGAGAGGGUUCGCGACGAGAGCGCGCUUGGCUUCGCGAAAGCGCUCACCGAGGAGGAGAUCAGGAAGAGGGCCACCAAGGUCCCUCCUGCUCAACCCGAGGGCGGUGGAGAAGACGAUGAUGAUGACGGCAGCAGUCACUCGGGCGACAGCGACGCCAGCGGCGGGUCGGGCGACACCAGGGGGCCAGGUGAGCCUGGUGGGGGCAGUGGCCUAGAACCUGCCUCCAACGCGCGCCAUUCCCUGGUGGAUCUCUCGGUGGAUUCCAAGGCGACGGCGCCACUUGCGGCGGGCCUGCUCACUCCUGCCAAGGGUGCCAAGAGCGACGUCAUAUCGGUGCUGGGCGGGGGGAGUCAGUCUGGUCGCAAAUAUACCUUUCAGCGCGGCCCCUCUUCCGCCUACGGCGGGGCAGGUGAUGAUCUCGACGACGGCCCGCCCGCCAGGAACGCCAAGGAACACGCGGCGAAGCUGAGCAUCUGGUCCAUCCUGGAACUCAAGAAGAAGGGCACCCAGAUGCGGAACGCCAGGGAGUUCCUGCAGAAGGAGCCUGACGCACCCGACGGUGAUAUGCUGCAGGAGAAGAUAGAGUUGGCGGCCAGGUGCACGCAGUUUCAUCGCGGCGGCGUCUUCGAUUGCAGCCUCACUGAUUACAACAAGACCUGCGAGGACUUGCGCAACCCUGGAGAAGAGAUCCCCGCGGUUGCCAGGCAGUACAUCCUCGACAGGCGCAUCAAGAUCUGGCAGGAGGACCCAGAUAGCUACAACAAGUUUGAUGAGAUCAUGGACAUCGUGUUCCCUUGGGACAGGGCGAUGGCGAAGGACAAAUCCUCGGAGAAAGAUGCAGGUGGAAUGGGGCCCUUCGCGUGUACGUACGACCCGACGAACCCCAAAGUGCGUGCCUUGGACAUCUCCGACUCGGAGAAAGCUCUGAAGUUCGGUGAGACCGUAGUUAAGGUCAUACUGGCGCCGAUGCUUAAGAUCGGCCAGAGCGGCGCGCAGCAGGUGAUCAACUUCUCCAAUGGCUUCCUGGCCGACUUGCUGAACAUGCCAGACGAUGGCGUGGAAGAGACAUUGGCCAACGUGGUCACCGAGCUGCUCACGUGCUUCAGGGGGAUCCUGGUGAUGAUGUUCCAGACGGUGGACGGCGGCGGGUCCCACGAUGACUUCUCCGACCUGGCGACGCCGCCGAAGCAGUACACCUUAGCCCAAUCGCUCGCCGCAACCAUCCGCUCACAGCCAUACUGGAAUGGUCAGAAGGCUAACUACCUGAAGUACCGGAAGCCUCGCGAGAGGGCUGAGCCCCGCCUCCAGGAGAUCAAGACCGCAUUGGCGCCAGGUGCAACGGCCGUACCCCUGGACACGUUCAAGACGUACAUGGAGAGCAUCUACAUGCUGAAGGGCGAGCUGCCUGAGGAAGCGUUCGAUGGCAUCAUGGGUCCGAUGAGGGACUGCGCAAUGCACAAUCUCGCAUCCAUUCACGAGAAGCUGAGCUCUGCAGAUGGGCCGUUGGACGACUUGCGCAAGUAUGAGACGUUCCUCGCGGUGGCAGUCAAUCUUUUCCCUUCGGAUGGCGACUUCAAGCAUGCCAUGGAGGACGUGCGGGAUAGGAAAGCGGGGGCUGCGAAUGAGACGUUGCUGAAGGAUCUGAAGGCGGCGUGCGAGGCCGCCGAGGGGGCGACCAACUUCGAGGAAUUCGUGGCCAAACAGGAUGCGUUGGGGUUAGCGUUGACGGCCGCGAAAGGGCUGCACGAGUACCCGAAGCUCAGCGCGCUGGGCGUGGACUCAGCCACCCUCGUGAUGGUCGACGGCAUCGUCGCGUCUCUCUGUGGCCCUGACGGCUUCGCGGAUGCCGCUUGCACCAAGUCGCUGGUCACCAACCUGCACUUGCUGAAGCCGUGGGUUCCAGCGAGCGCCCGUUCCAUGAAUGGCGUCUCCGUCUGCUCGUUCCUCGAGGUGUUCGGCGAGGCGCUCGGCCUGGCCGAGCGUCGCCAUGCGACUGAAAUGAAGCACGGGAGCUCGGUCGAGGACCUCGCGAAGAAGAUCCCGCUGGAGGAUGUGAAGGAGAUGAUCGCGCUCGUCGGCCCCUUCAACACGAAGCUCGACGCAUUGGACGUGCAAUUGACACAGAAAGGCGCCGCCAUCAACGCUGCUGGCAUCCAAAAGUGCAUGACGAGCAUGCAUGCGUUCAUCAGUGGCAUCGUCGACCAGAAGCUGAACGACAAUAAGAUCAGGAUCGAUGACUUUUCUGGCGACGCUGAGGUUUUGACGACUUGGGCAGGCGGCUGCAACGGUAAGAUCUGGUCGGACAAGCUCAAGCCAGCUGACAAGAACAGUCUGGCUGCUACGAAAGCGUGCUACGACAAGACGCUCGGGAACAUUCCAGCCAAGACGUUGGUGGACCUCACUGCUCAGGUGGAAGAGAAGUGGAAUCAGUUGAAGGAGAGGAAGACGAUCCUCGAGGCGGGCCGUUCGCAGACAGGGUUCCCAACAGAUCAGUUCGUGGUCGAUGCGUUCAACGUUGUGCAGAGGGCGCUUACGACGAUCUUUGAGGGUAAGGUCAUCGGUGCCGUCGAUGCGUUGAAAGGCAACCUGGUGCAGAUGAAAACAGCGAUCGGCGGCUACAAGAAGAAGGCUUCGACUUACGACCUGUGGGAUGACAAGCAGUUGCAGAUAUGGGCGAAGGUGGUUCCAGCAGUUCUGGAGAUCGAGAAAAAGGCAAUGGCGAUGAUAAUGAUCUCUCUGAAUUUCCCCAAUCGCACGUACCGGCUUGCCUUCGAUAGCAUUCGAGAUAACGACAUGUCCUACAUGGGUCGGAUGCUGGGCAUGUGCCCGAGGUGCCGUUUCGACCCCUGGACGUUGAAGCUCGUUGAGCACUACGGCGAUGACAUCUGCACCGAGCGCGCCGUCAUCGACGUUGUCACCAGGGCAAUGCACGAGGAAGUUGACAAUGCGAGAAGGGAGGCUACUCAUGCGAGCAUCCGUCGGGACGUGAUCAAGGCGUCAUGCCAAUCGCCAACGAUAGAGCUCGGUUUGGCCAGCGGCCGCUUCGUGGACAGGAAGGGCAAGCAGAUCUGCGACUGCAAAUCCCUGGAGGCCCGCGGCGAUGACCAGACUGGGGAGGCUAGCGGCACCGAGGAGCCAGCGCCGAAAAGGUCCAGGGGGCCAUGUGGAGGCGCAUGCAGGGCGUGGCUGAGCGAGCAGCUCCGAGGCGUGCCCAGAGCGGAGCAGGACCUCAAGGGCAUCCACGACGCGUACAAGCAGCAGACGCCAGAGGAGAGGCUUAAAUACACUAAGGAUGGAGCUGCAGCCACGCAAGCUGGUCGAGAAGGAGUUGCAAAACCAUUCGGCCCCGAUGCUCAGGAUGUUCAGAGGGCCUUGCAUCGCGAUGCGCGCCGCGAAGAACUGCGGGUGAUGAAGGAAUGCGUUGCCGACCGCAUGAGGGCGCAAGUACAUGACGAACAGCAGCCGCCGCAUUUGUCAUAUUCGAGCUUGGCUGUGCUGCCCACUGGUGCUAAUACAUUCGCCUGCAUUGCAGACGGCGUCGCACAGGCCCGCAGGACCAGGCACAUCGCAGACAAGAAGCGCGCGCUGGAACAGAAGCUUUACGACGAGGCCUUGGCGGCGCAUACAGGGCAAUCUGAUGUUUCGGCCGAGACAUUGGAAGUUGUUUCUGGCGUCUGCAUGUCGGGUUUGCCACUCACUACGGCAUGGGAGCACCGACCCCCUUUAACUUCGACGGUCAAGUCAGCUUGCUGGAUGCCUCGGUCAGCCAGAGAUUUGGCCAAGCUCGUGGCGAGCCUAGACUCGUCGUCCAAUCCCGCUUGCAGGCGCAUUGCUUCGGUCCUGGACUCGGAUUGGGAGACGCGCCACCUCGUCGUCCAGCAUGACAAGUGCGAACAGUUCGGCAAGAUGCCAAAUACACGCUCGACGUGUUGGAUUAUCAACCGCUGCUGCUGCCGCGGGGAUAAACUUCUACUUAAGGCCAUGGUGUCUGGACUGUACGCGUGCCUCAGUCGAGAUUUUCCGACAGGUAAGCCUGCUAGACACGAUCUGCAGCAAGGUUGGUUUGUCGCGUGCAUCGUCAGUCGGGCGCCUGAGCCAUUGGCGGAGGAAGAGGCGGAGGAUCACGUCACUCAAACAUGGUGGUUGCACAUUUCGUUUCAGAGCCUGAGCCCUUUAUUUGCAGUGUAUACGGGCAUGUGCUCAGACAGUUCCAUCGAGGACGACUUUGUCAAGCUCGAGGCCGAGGAGGCCAUUUGCUGCGACUACGACGUUAUGGAUAACAUAAGGGAUGAAGUUGGAUACGGGGCUGCGUUGCAUCGCCGAUAUUAUCGCCUCAUCGCUUCUGAAGCCCUCGUCGGCGCGACCCAGCCGAAGUUCCAGGAGGCGCGCGCUGUCGGGGAGGAGCUGUGCUUUUGGCCUGGGUCGGUGAUUUACAAGAGAUCGGCUGCCUUCCUAAGGUCGCAAGCAGCUGCUCGCGGCGGCGCCCCUGGGCACGGCGGUGACCUGCACGGCGCCGGGGGCGAGGGUGCAGAGGUUGGCAUCGACAACGGGGACGAGCACAAGGACCAUGGAGACCUCGACGUUCACGUCGACGGCAUCCACGGCGAGGGGGGUCUGCAUGUCCCUGCUGAAGUGCACCUCAACAUCGGAUGCGGCGAGAUCGUGUACUACGCGACCACCCAGAGGUUCGUGGCCUACUGCAGGGACUGCGGGCACGCCAAGUGCAGUCGUGAGCGGACGGCGCUUGCAGGGAACCGGGCCGCCACAGGUCGGCCUGUAGGCUUCUUGGCGGCCUGGCUCUUGGACGGCCACAACUGGACGGAUAAGCCUAACCACUGUGGAAUGUGCAUCUCCACCAUGACCUACAGGAUGCGCCAGAACGCGCGCGGCAUUGUCGAGCGCAUGGCACAGAUCGGCGACGUGAAUGGGCAGCCUACGCUCGAGGAGCGCCGCCAGGAGGACCGUCCGCUGGUUCCUCCGCCCAUCGAGGCCGUCCGCGCCACGUUCUACGGGGGCAACCUGUCACCGCGCACCUUCUGCACGCCUGGGAAGUGGGAACAUGGCGAGCUGACGGGGCCAGUGAUCCACAUGGACAUGGGCAUGGCGUCAAGCAGCGCUAGCCCAGCGAGCGGCGCGCAGCCAGCUAUGGCACAACCUGUUGGUGCUCCUUUCCAUUUGCAUGGGUGGGUGGCGUCAGACAUUGACACGGGCGUGCUCGAGGUGCACGGAGCAGCUCGCUUGCGAUCGAUGGGCGUGGAAAUCAAGAAGCUCGACAUCUUCGAAUUACAUCGGGGGGACUGGCUCACCCAGGUGCCGAGCCUCAUCUUCAUGUCCAACCUAUGCCCUCCGACGGGCCGUAGGGACUACUUGCAGUGGCUUUUGAAGAAGUACUUGCAGUGGAACCCGAGCGCAUCAGAGCGCAGGCUGCACUACGAGGUCAUGUGCUUCGAGGCGGUCAUCGCACAAUGUCCAUCUGCGUCUGUUGUGACCAUCAUGCGGUCGAACGAAGCUCGCCGUGGCGGGGGCACUCCCGUCGUCGAGGCCCAGAUGGGGCACGUGCCUGGCUACGUUCCCAAGGAGUGCAACCAUGAUGCGGGAGACGACCUGAGGCCUCUGGGCGGCGGCGGGACCAACAGAGUGCGCAUGAAGCUCCACGGCCCCCUCGGGCCGAACGAUUUCAUCUCGCCAAACGGCGACGGCAGCAUCAACGUAGUUGCGCUGUGUGCUGCAGCCACGGCGAAUCGGAUGAAGGUGCUGUUCCUUGGCGAGUGGGACGGGUCAUUGUCCCUCGGGUGCGCGGUUGGAUGCAUGUACCACCAGACGCUCGAUCGGGAACUGGGUAUCGGAAUGGUCUUUGAUCGGGGCAUCGUGCCAAGGCGUUCGUUGAACAACCAGCGCCCAUCCACAUACAAGGAGUUCUACGAGUACGCGAUGCAGUACCGCGCGGUGCAGAUCGUCGAUGAAGCGACGCGCAUGAAUGCUCCUUGGCCUGAGGACUGGGAGGACAGACUCAAUCCAUACGUCGGCCUCAAUACGGCGUGCAUGUGGCAUUGGGCGCAGGGCUUCCCGUUCGCAGUGCUGGCGCUUCCCUCUCGCAGUGCUUGCACUUCCUUGUCGCAGUGCUUUUACUUCCCCUCGCAGUGCUUGCACUUCCCUCUCGCAGUGCUUGCACUUCCCUCUCGCAGUGCUUGCAUCACUUUCCUCUCGCAGCGCUUCCCGUUCGCAGCCCAUUUCAUCUCGAAUUCUUUGAGUUCCAUACUUGACAAGUUCUGUAGAGUUCCAUACUUGACGAGGUUCAUGAAGCUGAUGAAGCAGAUCAAGAUCAAAAACAUGGUGAUCAAGACUCUCGGUGCCCGGCUUCGCAGCCUCAAAUGUGCAGCUCGCGGUGGGGUUCACCAUUUGCAGAACGCCAUCACGCGGGAUUCGGACCACGAUAGGCUGAACCAGCAGAUCCUGGAGCGAUUGGAGGACGAGAUGUCCACGGACACGGUGGUGCUGUUUGGGGUCUACGUGUCCGUUGAGCUGUUUGGGGUCUACGUGCCCGUUAGAGUCUACGUGCCGUGCCGUGCCAGGAUACCGGUGGUCACUUACCGUUCGGACGAUUUGCCGUGGAAUUACCAAAAAGAUGUCAUGGUGGAGUACGAGGUGGUACAGAAGCAGAGGUUAGUGAUCCAGCUUCGGUCCAAGCGGGAUCCGCCCGCUGACACAUCGCAGAAGCGGCGCGAUCUGCUCAAGCGCCUGAGGGAUGACAGCCCGAAGCCGACGCCGCCUCAGGAGAAGGGAUCUAUGAAAGUGCGGAGGUGCUCUCCAGUGAGCAAGGCAGAGGAAGGCGAGGAGAUAAACUCGUCGCAAGAGGAUGUUGCCAAGGAGAAGAAGGACGUUACCAAGGAGAAGGAGGUGGCGCUGGAGGCCCCGCCGCGAGCAGUUACCGUGUUGCCAGAGCAGGGUGCGACGCCCACGGUGGUGGAGGGCACGGACGAGAUCACGGUCGCGGGCGCGUCGCUCCUCACGGGCUUCGACGAGGCUCUUCACGGCCACGGUGGUGAAUCGUGUCCGCCAGACGUCGCUCGAGAGAGUUCCCGUCUCGCCCUCGCGUCGCAGAUCUUAGAGGAGGAUAUCCCCUUGCCCGCAUCUCCCAAGAACUCGAAGGAUAAGAACGACGGCCUUUUCGAGGAUUCGGAUGACGCCCCCGCCAGGAAGACGCUCAAUGACAUUCUCCGUCGCAUUGGCAUCAACCCUGCUGACGUUAGCAGCCAUGUGGUGGAUGUCAGCCAGGAUCGCGUGCUCAAGAAGCGCUUUCUCACGCUGCUCAGGAAGCUCAAGUUCCAGAAGCUCAAGACUUGGCGUCUCUCAGUCAGGAACCGCGUGAUGCGCACCAGGUUGAACGCGAUCUCUAACGCGUCGCAAGUAGCCCUGACAGCAGACGACGUGGCGGCCCAGAAUGACUUGGAGCAUCUAAACAGGAAGCCGAAGUGCGACUUCUGCGGCGAGUGCCAGGACGGCGGCCAGUACUUCGACAAGGACGCCUGCAUGAAGUGCUACCGCCACUGGAAGAACCACCACGGCUACAUCCCGAGGGCAGAUGCCGUGAAGAUGUACCGAGAGGACGACUGCUUCAAGGAGUGCUGGAACAACGGCAUGAAGGCCGAGGCAGACGGGUCCAUCUCGCUCACGGUCGGCGAGGGGGAGGUGACAUCCAACAAGAGGUUCCGCGUCGUGUACCGCAUGUCCUUCCUCCCCCUCAAGCACGGCGAGUUCAAGGCCAAGUUCGGCGUCUCCCCCCACGCGCUCAAAGUGAAACCCACGAGCGUCACUGACCUCGAUGGCAAGGCUCGGAGCGUCUACCUGGUGAGGAACCCAGCGAGGCCAGACGUGGAGAUGGACAUUGAGAGGGCCGAAGAGGUUACCAAGAAAGACAACGUCUGGAAGACCAGGGCGGUGUUCGAGAAUGAGGCCGGGAUGUUCUACGACAACGAGACGGAGAGGGUUCUCGACGAGAGCGCGCUUGGCUUCGCGAAAGCGCUCACCGAGGAGGAGAUCAGGAAGAAGGCCGCCAGGGCGACGGCGCAAUUUGCGGGCCUGACCACUCCUGCCAAGGGUGCCAAGAGCGAGGUCGUAUCGGUGCUGGGCGGGGGGAGUCGGUCUGGUCGCAAACAAUCCUUUCAGCGCGGCCCCUCUUCCGCCUACGGCGGGGCAGGUGAUGAUCUCGACGACGGCCCGCCCGCCAGGAACGCCGAGGAACACAUGGCGAAGCUGAGCAUCUGGGCCAUCCUGGACCACAAGAAGAAGGACACCCAUAUGCGGAACGCCAGGGAGUUCCUGCAGAAGGAGCCUGACGCACCCGACGGUGAUAUGCUGCAGGAGGAGAUAGAGUUGGCGGCCAAGCGCACGCGGUUUCAUCGCGGCGGCGUCUUCGAUGUCAGCCUCACUGAUUACAACAAGACCUGCGAGGACUUGCUCAACUCUGGAGAAGAGAUCCCCGCGGUUGCCAAGGCGAUGGCGAAUGACAAAUCCUCGGGGAAAGAGAAAGGUGGAAUGGGGCCCUUCGCGUGCACGUACGACCCGACGAACUCCAACGUGCGUGCCUUGGACAUCUCCGACGCGGAGAAAGCUUUGAAGUUCGGUGCGACCGUAGUUAAGGUCAUAUUGGCGCCGAUGCUUAAGAUCGGCCAGAGCGGCGCGCAGCAGGUGAUCAACUUCUUCAAGGGCUUCCUGGCCGACUUGCUGAACAUGCCAGACGAUGGCGUGGAAGAGACAUUGGCCAAUGUGGUCACCGAGCUGCUCACGUGCUUCAGGAGGAUCCUGGUGGUGAUGUUCCAGACGGUGGACGGCGGCGGGUCCCACGGUGACUUCUCCGACCUGGCGACGCCGCCGAAGCAGCACACCUUAGUCCAAUCGCUGGCCGCAACCAUCCGCUCACAGCCAUGCUGGAAUGGUCAGAAGGCUAACUACCUGAAGUACCAGAAGCCUCGCGAGAGGGCUGAGCCCCGCAUCCAGGAGAUCAAGACCGCAUUGGCGCCAGGUGCAACGGCCGCACCCCUGGACACGUUCAAGACGUACAUGGAGAGCAUCUACAUGCUGAAGGGCGAGCUGUCUGAGGAAGCGUUCGAUGGCAUCAUGGGUCCGAUGAGGGACUGCGCAAAGCACAAUCUCGCAUCCAUUCACGAGAAGCUGAGCUCUGCAGAUGGGCCGUUGGGCGACUUGCGCAAGUAUGAGACGUUCCUCGUGGUGGCAGUGCAUCUUUUCCCUUCGGAUGGCGAGUUCAAGCAUGCCAUGGAGGACGUGCGGGAUAGGAAAGCGGGGGCUGCGAAUGAGACGUUGCUGAAGGAUCUGAAGGCGGCGUGCGAGGCCGCCGGGGCGACGACCAGCUUCGAGGGAUUCGUGGCCAAACAGGAUGCGUUAGGGGUAGCGUUGACGGCCGCGAAAGGGCUGCACCAGUACCCGAAGCUCAGCGCGCUGGGCGUGGACUCAGCCACCUUCACGAUGGUCGACGGCAUCGUCGCGUCUCUCUGUGGCCCUGACGGCUUCGCGGAUGCCGCUUGCACCAAGUCGCUGGUCACCAACCUGCACUUGCUGAAGCCGUGGGUUCCAGCGAGCACCCAUUCCAUGAAGGGCGUCUCCGUCAGCUCGUUCCCCGAGGUGUUCGGCGAGGCGUUCGGCCUGGCCGAGCGUCGCCAUGCAACUGAAAUGAAGCGCGGGAGCUCGGUCGAGGACCUCGCGAAGAAGAUCCCGCUGGAGGAGGUGAAGGAGAUGAUCGCGCUCGUCGGCCCCUCCAACACGAAGCUCGACGCAUUGGGCGUGCACUUGACACAGAAAGGCGCCGCCAUCAGCACUGCUGGCAUCCACGUGUAUUUGACGAGCAUGCAUGCGUUCAUCAGUGACAUCGUCGACCAGGGGCUGAACCACAAUAAGCUCAGGGUCGAUGACUUUUCUGGCGACGCUGAGGUUCUGACGACUUGGGCAGGCGGCUGCGACGGUAAGACCUGGUCGGACAAGCUCAAGCCAGAUGACAAGAACGGGCUUGCUGCUACGAAAGCGUGCUACGACAAGACGCUCGGGAACAUUGCAGCCAAGACGUUGGUGGACCUCACUGCUCAGGUGGAAGAGAAGUGGAAUCAGUUGAAGGAGAGGAAGACGAUCCUCGAGGCGGGCCGUUCGCAGACAGGGUUCCCAACAGAUCAGUUCGUGGUCGAUGCGUUCAACGUUGUGCAGAGGGCGCUUACGACGAUCUUUGAGGGUAAGGUCAUCGGUGCCGUCGAUGCGUUGAAAGGCAACCUGGUGCAGAUGAAAACAGCGAUCGGCGGCUACAAGAAGAAGGCUUCGACUUACGACCUGUGGGAUGACAAGCAGUUGCAGAUAUGGGCGAAGGUGGUUCCAGCAGUUCUGGAGAUCGAGAAAAAGGCAAUGGCGAUGAUAAUGAUCUCGUGA